AUGAGGACUAUUGUUGUGUUCCGUCUGUCCAUUCUUUUGCCCAUGGUUGCAUCUCAGACAUUCCAUUGGGGCCCAUGUCCAACACCAAUGGUCCAGCCAAACUUUGACCUCAACCGGUACCUUGGAAGGUGGUAUGAAAUUGAAAAGCUCCCAGCGUCCUUUGAGAGGGGCAAAUGUAUUGAGGCCAACUAUGCCUUAAGACCAGAUCAUACAAUCAGAGUGCUCAAUCUACAGACCCUUAAAGGAAAAGUGAGGUCUGCUGAAGGAACAGCUAUUGUUCAAGACUCCAGGGAGCCAGCCAAGCUUGGAGUAAGCUUUUCCUACUUCACACCUUACAGCCCAUACUGGGUCCUGUCUACUGACUUCAACACUGUUUCACUGGUCUACUCCUGCACUGAUAUUCUGCGGCUGUUCCACGUCGACUAUGCCUGGAUCCUCUCACGCACACGCACUCUGCCUCCAGAGAUUGUUUACCAUGCCAAGGAGAUUUUUGCACGUGAAAAUAUUGAUAUCAGUAGAAUGAAAGCCACUGACCAGCAUGGAUGUGACAGUUAG